UUCAGUAUUGCGGAACCCACUUCACGGUUGUUUUAGAAGUAAUUGAAUAUUUAUUUUUGUAGGGCAUUUUUGUAUAUGUUUAAAUUUGUAAAGGGUAUGAAUAAUUUCAUUUGUAUGUCUUGUUCGGUAGGAAUUUUUAUAUCUCGGGUUUUUAAACUCCCGCGAAUGACUAGGCUUGUUUCCCAGCAGUCGGAAUGCCUGAACAACCUCGAACCUCGUAAUAUACUCUCUGUGAACAACCUCGAACUCAAUCUCAAAGUGUAACGAACAUGGCUACUGUUCUCAUAUUGCUGUUGUAAAAAUUUUAUGCUGAUUGGAUGAAGAUAUUGUGGUUAAUGAGAUUGAAUUUUUGUCCUUAUUUACAUAAUUUCUACAAGAAUUAAGAGAAUCUAUUCGAGUUUUGAAGGAGACUAUAAAAAAUUGAUGCAAUUUUUUAAAAAAAUACGUUGUGUUACGCAGAUAAUCGAAUGCCUUAUUUUGCGUCGUAUUUGAUAGUGGUUGAUUUCCAUUCUGCAGAUAAACUAUUAAAUAAAAGGAGUACAGAAAGAAUGGCUGAGGAGCUUCUGCCAGCCAGUCUUGAAAAGCUCGAAAUUGACUCUUCACGUGAAGGAAACUCAAAAAAGAAAAUUGUGAAUCCAUUUCGUCGUGAAAAGAGUGCAGGUAAAAUGAAGAUUACGGCAGUUGAUGAGACAGAUCUGUGGACAUCAUUGAGCCUAUCAGGAGAAGAAUGUGCUAGUCUGUCUUGCAAAUGCAACAUCCAACGCUCAAAUGUGAAACUUCAUGCAACUCGCAGUUGGAAUCAUAAUCAACGAAAUGAACAUGGUAUUAAGCCUACCAUUACUUUUAAGAAGAGUAUUCUUCAAAAAAGUAAAUUAGGAUUUUUAUCAGGUACUUCAAACUACAAGCAAGGGAUUCAACCUAAUAGUGACAGAAUUUUAAAAGAACCAGUGCUGAAACUUACAAACUAUCCAAAAUCUUACCUUUCAAAAACCAGUGUGCGAGCAUCUCCAACAGUUUUGAGAAACUGUAAUCCUGUUGUUAAUGAAAUUCUAAAGUGUAAAUAUUCGGAAAUUAACUUGGUACCUUUUGGUCAAGGGAACCAAAAAUGGCAGGAUUUCAAAUCUCUGCUUCCAAAUCAGUCACAAGAACUUGCUUCAAACUCCUCUGUUUAUGAUAGUUGUAGCUUCCGUGGUUUAAGGUUGACUGAAGAACAGACAAAGUUACCACGUCACAAAUAUGAAGAUGACAGUAAAGAUGCAGGUAUUGCAGCCAAAAAUCGCUUAAGGUCUGAGAUCUAUACCUGCAAAAAUUCCAGUAGGCAGACUUGCUCGCAACAAGCCCGAAUGACUGCAACAACUUCCAACUCUUGUGAUGAUGUUACAAUUGAUGAAUUGGCCAGCUAUUUUGAUAUUUUUGUUCAUAUUCCCAAAAAGAUGUCACAUAUGGCAGAAAUGAUGUAUAUUUGAAGUAAUCCACUUUAAAGGCUGAGUUAUUUAUUAUAUAAGACUGUUUCAGAAGAUGAGAUGUUUUGCAAACAAAAGCUUGGCCAUU